GACUUCGGUAUUCAUAAAUGGAAUCUAGGAAAAUGAACGACGACGGAAAUGCACUGGACGGUGCGGGUGUCGACCCAGCAGCUACUGCCGCGCACGUCUCCACAGCGCUGGGGUUCACUAAGUUCGAGCAUGCAUCUGUUGGUGCUCUCUACAUGCUCUUCUGUGGCUGUAUGGGAGCACAAUGUGCCAAAUCUACGCAUUUGAAGGCAUGUUUAUUGGCAUUGCUGCCAUCGGAGCUGUCAUCGCACUGUGCAUUGAGCGAUACAUUGCUUGUCAACGAUCAGGUGCCAAUGACACUCAAGGCUGGUUCUAUGGCUGGUCCAUUACACUUGUUCUUGGAAAUGCGCUGUUCUGGGCGAUCAUGCCUUUGCUGGGCUGGAGCAGGUACUCGGUGGAACAUACGGGGACAUCUUGCUCCAUUGACUGGAAAAACCCUGACGAGAGUUUCGUGUCUUACAUCAUGACUCUGGAGGUCUUCUCCUUCGGCAUUCCUAUGAUGAGUGCGUUCUUUUGUCUCAUAUCGGCCUCGCCGCGUCCUCAGCCACAAGGGGGAGCAACUGCUGCAGCUGGUAGUGGCCAGGAGCAACAAGGAGAAGACACGGCGUGCAAGGGAUGCUUUUCAGAGGAUCAGCUCCGUUUGCUGUGUUACGUGUUCAUCGGUUUCGUCUUGGUAGGCUGGGGACCCUUCGCCUAUCUCUGCACUCUGGCCGUCUUUAGUGAUGCCCGUGGAAUCUCUAUGCUUGCAGCCGCCAUUCCGCCACUCGCCUGCAAGGCCAUGGUCUCUGCUUACCCUCUGGCCUACGCUGUUGUGUCUCCAAGAUUCAGACAGAGUUUCCUGGCUCUAAUAGGAGGAGGAGAAAAAAAGAAAGAAUAAUACUUUUCAAACUUAAUUACUGUGAGUCUGUCCAGAACGUAUUAGCAAUUCAGGAUUAUGACCAUGGAUUACGUUAUCGUAAAUUUGAGAGAGCACAACGACUGAUUCAGCACAAGGAAUGUUCCAAAACAAAAACAAAAAAAAACUAAGUAAAAUAUAGUAUGUCCUGAAAUGAGAUACUGGUGUAUCUGUAUUUAAAAUGUGCUACCGUUAGAAAGAGUUGGAUCAAACGCAAGAUCAAUAAUAAUAUGCGCGCUAGUUUUAAAAGAGUUUUUAUUUUUUUAAAACCUUUUUCUUCUCCGUUUUACUUUUCUUAGUAGUGUGUCCCUUUAGGAGCUUGUAGCUUUCUUGAAGUCUCAAUAAAACAAUUUUUUUCCUGCUCCAUGCGGCCAGAGUAGGUAACACACGUCUCUAGUUAUUCAAAGAUUAUCUUGACUUCAUCUUCGCUUUCUGCGUCAUCUGCUAUGUUUUCCUGGAGAUUUUCUUUCCAAAAUGUUCAUGUAUAAACUGUUGUGCCUAGUUAUGUAACCUAAUUACAUGUACAUGUACUUCAUUUUCUUUGUUCCAUGUGUAUCAAAGAGCCCUUUAUUUUGUGAGACUUACAAAAACCAUUUUUGUUUGAAUUAGAAGCAUUUUAUUAUCCUUUAUCGUGUUCUAAGCUUCUUGGUUGUAUUUCCUCCUCUGCUGUCGUGAUCGGUGUUCAUGAUUGACAUCUGUAGGUGGUUACUGGAACAUAUGUGUUAUUGAAAGCUUUCUUGUACGUUGCAAAAGAUUGUCCAGCUGUUUGUAGUUUUUGUGUCGCUAGUGCAGAAUGUCUAUAUUUUUUGUGACCUGAACGUCAGGUCUGCCGAUGGAGUCCUGUUAUUUAAUUUUUCUACAUUCCCGAUGAUUUCAUUUUUAAGUACUCACACAUUGUUUGAACUGCUUUUUCCACAUAAGUCUUUAAAUUUAGGUUUCAUAGCAUCCCUGGCCUGGAUACUAAAUACAUUUGAAGAUAGCAUACAUUUAUGUCCUUUGCGUUGCUUAAUACGAGCAAUCUGAUUAUUUUACUUCUGUCUGUUCUUUCAAACUACUUGUUGGUCGUUGCAUUAAAAAAAACGACCCGGCGUGUGAUGGGAACCUCUUCUCAUUUCAUUUAAACAGGCAAAUAGAUACUUAUUCUAGUUUUCUUAUUAUUUUACUAUGACGUUUUGAAUGUUGAAUAUUAUGGUCUGUGGUGCAUUUUUUUUUUUGCCAGAAUGCGGCUGUUACAAAGGUAAUAAUUUCUUGUAUCUGGUUUAUGUUUUUAUUCAAAUAGUGUCAGCACAGUUCUGUUGGCAUGGCCGCCAAAAGAGGCGAACUGUUCUGCACUUUCUACAAACUGUUAAAUCGUCUGUCCUUUCAAAGGGAUAUUACAUGAAUCGCUACGAAACUUAUUGCCGAAUUCCUGAUUCUCAAGUGAACUAUUGCUAUACUCCGUCUCUGAUGAGUUAUCCAUUUCCCAUUACUUGAUGCACUUAAGAGUUAUCGACCAAAGGUUCUUACUUGGAAAAACAUGUCUCUAUAUUAUUGGUUUUCCUAAUUCUUGUUUAUAUCUCUACCGCGGGUUUUUUUCACCUGUUCUUGUUUCCUAUUCUCUUUGUGUCUUUCUUUUUUUGCUCAUAUUUUACCAUCUUCAUUGUUUUUAGUGGUACAUUAUUCCUGUGCCCUAACUUCCAACAGAGGCACUAUAAUCUAAACUGGGUAUGUAAAAAGAGAAGGAUAAUAAGGUGGCUCAACAUUGAUGAAUGAUGUCUUUUAAACAGGUAAAAAAUGAAAGAUUCACUUAUACUGAGAUAAAAUUAAAAAAGAUAAUUAUCUUUGGAAAGGAAGGGGUGGAAGUUUAGAACAGCUUGAUGAAAUAAUUUUAGUGACUAUGGAGCAAGCAAAAUAAAAUGUAUUAAUAAAAUGCUGGUGUUGACAUAAAUGCAGUGGUUUUUACAAAGCGUAUCUGAUAGCUCUUAGUUUUGAGAAAGCAGACAUCAACAGUUUUUCCGUUCCGCAUGUGUGCCUUUUCUUUACUAUCUUAAGACAUAGUUCUAUUAUCAUAUUUAUCCACGUGUCGAUUUGCUGUGUGUUUAAAUGCGCACACACGGCCAAUAACUGUUGAUACUCGUGACUUCCCGAUCAGUCGAGAAGUGCGUAAAUAUACGUUAGCGUCAGUUCUGCAUUCAGUUAAAAAGAAAAAUUUACGAAAGAAAAUUGUAUGGAGACACCCUACAUAACGAGGAAAUUAGCAGCUAUAAAAUCUUUUAAAAUGCAAAGAGACUACAAUUAUAUAUUCUGACAAAUAGAUGAGAAUGUAAAAACAAAAAGUAGUACCAAACAGAUAAUAUACGUCUUUUAUUCAGCGUUCAACCCUAAUAAUUUUAAAAGUAAAGUGUGUGAGUUUGAUCUUCUUCUUUUACCCCUUUUCAACGGGAAUGUUUAUUUCGAAAUUGUAAUUAUAUUCACCACAAGAGGAUAGUAUGUUGCUUCCUAGUGUGAAUCCCACAAUGUUCAGUACACUGUAUUAUCAUUGCACAGGAUAGAUAUUAUGAACAUUGGCUUCUGUGCUUUAAAAGUUUGGGUCUUUGCUUUGCUUGAAAAGGACUUGCGGGUUUGUUUACAGCUUUUGAGGCACCGUUUUCAAUUAAAUUUAUCUUCUUGAUAUCCACUUAGCAAAAACGUUGUGUGGCUGUUGAGCAAAAAAAAAAAGUAUAAUUGGUUCCCUUGGAAACUUUCCCUUAUAUGGAAAUAAUUUACGAAAUACGGCAGUCACCACGACAUUCGUGGAAGGUGUCUUCAUGGUAAAUAGACAGCGAAAGAUCGUAUCUGUAUGUUAGUAUUUUAGCCCCUAUAAAAGGCCACCAUCACUGUAUGCUUCCCAGGAAGUUGAGAUUAUUUCAGAAUUCUCUCAGGUCUGCUGGAGUAAUGGUAUGGAUUGUGAAGCGCAAAGAGCUUACUGUAGAGCGGUUUUGCGUUAUACGAAUGCUAUCCAUAAUCAGUUUUCAUUAAAUAAACGAUUGAAAGAAAGGUAGCACACCAGCGAGACUUGCCGACUUCAAAUUUAGUAAAACCCAUAUUCCGAAUGAAAUUCUCCAGGUGUUAAAAUUCAAGAUAAACAAAUUUAAUAAUUUCCCCGAGAGGAUUUUAGCAGAAUCUGAUCCUCUACAACGUCAAAUUAUGCCGAGACAAAAGUCAUCAUGGAGUAGCAUCGGUGUCUAAAUAAAAAAUAGGCCAUAUUUGAAGGGAAGUAUCUCAGUCACCUUAAGAUCAGUUUUAACAAAACUUGAAAUGCCGUAAAAAAAAAUGUUUUUAAUUAAAAAGCCCCAAAACAACAACAAAAACCCCGACCCCACCGAGGUAACUUCACAUUUGUCAAUAUCAAGAAAAUCAAUUCACACUUUUUAGUGAGAUCAAGUCUUUAAAAACUGAACCAAAAUGUAGUGAAAUGAAAAACUUUGCAUCGUUAAAUAAGAAAAAAAAAUCAACAAUAAUGUAUUUUUUAUGUGUGCUUUACCAUAACAUUGACAUUGUUAAAGAAAAUGAGGGAAGCUGUUGAUUAUUUGAACUGUGUGCUCCAGGUGCAAACAAUUUCUCGCUAGACGACAAGUUUGAAUACACCGCUGGAAAUGUUGAAUAUCCAUGUGGCUUGUCACUGGGUCGAUCCUUCGGCAACAUUGAGUUUUAAAUGUUUAAUUAUUAAUGGCUUGUUUCCGAAGACUCUGUCAAAAACUCCCCAAAGGAAAUUAUGUACAUGGUUCAAGUAGGGGGAACGCGGACAAGGUUAAUUAAUUUUAUAAACGUUUGGCUAUUAAGGCAUUCCCCAAACCUUUUCCCAACCAUGCAAUGGGCACUCUUUACAUUUGGGGUGUUGCGCCAUCUGCACGGAACCAGAUCUUCUCAACAGAAUAACCCCUUCUCUUACGCAAACUUCAGUUUAAAAAUACUUUUUAACUUGAUGAGGUAUCUAUCUAAUAUGAUUGUCCUGGUUCUAGCGUCCUCGACCUGUAUACAGAACGGACCAAUAAAGGACCCGUAGCUGACAUUUUAAGUAAAGUUUUGCGUUUGCUCAAGUUGGUUGACAUUUCUAAAAUAAUUUUUUUCUCAACCAUUUUGAUUGAUUUUCGUCAUGUUGACAUUCCUGGAGGCCCCUUGGUUGAAUUUGUUUGUUCUAAGUUUUGUUGAAGUUGAAACUAAAGAUAAUUAAGUUAUGGCCCUUUAAAUGGGGGUUUUCUUUUAGAAACCCUGUACUACAAUGCAUUCAAUGUAUUUUGAUGGAUCUGGUGUGUAAAAAAGGAGUGGCCGACAAGUAGGUGUAACAUAAUACACCGACUUUUGUGGAGUAAGGGGUUAUACUGGUGCUCUUUGUAUUUACAUUAAUUUUACUACGCGAAUUAGCCUAGAUUACACAGGAACAAAAUAUGCUCUCCACAGCAGGCUCCUGCGUUGAAGCUACAGUUAGCUGCUAUCACUCCCAGCUAAUCGACACGUUUAAUAUUCUGACUAUGAGCUCAUGAAAAGCGAAUCAAACGUUUUCCACUGAUCUGUGUUCUAUAAUGAUUUUUUAAAAUAUGUUAUGUAGGAAAACUUUAGCUAAAGAAAGCAAAUAUAAUUUUGCAUUUAGCCGAUCUUUUCAUUCCAAAGACCAUGUAAUCUACAUUGUAAAUGUCAAUUGUCGACUAAACAAUAUACAAUAGACUGAAAGUGAAGUUGCCACACAUUUGCAGUCAAAUGAUUGGCCCCCAUUGUUUGAAUGUUUUCACAUCGUGUUUUAGAUUACAAAUAACGUUGUCGUUGUUUUUCAAAGAGGGUCAUCACGAUGAUUUCUACCCAUCAAAAUCUGGAAGAAAUUAGGGCCCUGCAUACGGAAUUGUUAAUAACAUGGCAAAUGUAUAAGUUUGUUACAUCGAAACAGUGUUUCUUGUUUGGGCAAUGAAGCUUGCGAUUAAUGUUCCCCUUCAAGAAUUAGUAUGUUUUUAUGUACAUGUACGACGCACUGUUUUCUUUUUUAUGAUGUUGUUUUAAUAAUAUAUUGUGUUGUUGAUGUUUUAUGUUGUUGUUUUAUUAUCUGUUGUUGUUUUUUAGACUUCCGUUUGUUUAUUUCCUUUUGAUUUUAUGAGCUGACACAUAAUAUUAUAUGUAAUUAAAGCUGUUUGGUGACUA